AUGGCGUCUUUUUCAGCGCCACCAAUUCAUCACAGAUCUCCCAUUCAGUUAGACGUCAUUGUCGUCGGUGCUGGACUAGGCGGACUAGCUGCAGCCAUUUCCAUCGCUCAAUCUGGUCACAAUGUUACUGUAUACGAAGCCGCAAAAGAGCUUGCCGAAGUAGGCGCUGGACUGCAACUGACGCCCAACUGCACCAAGAUCCUCCAACGAUAUGGCCUUAGCGACGAAUUCUGGGCUUCCGGGGCAGAACCAGCUACACUGACUGUUCAUCGGUACACGGGCACCAUACUUGCUCAUGACGAGACGUUCAAACAGAAUAUCCGCAACCGAUACAGUGCUCCAUUCCUGGAUAUGCACCGCUGCGAUCUUCAGAAAGCUAUGUAUGAGCGCGCCAGAGACCUGGGUGUCAAGUUUCACUUUGCAUCACGGAUAUCCGAACUAGAAUUGGAGCACGCACGGCCCGUGAUUUCAACUGAGCAGGGGUCCCGUGGUGUCGCAGACCUUAUUGUUGCUGCUGACGGGCUUUGGUCGCGUUGUCGGUCGCAAUUCCUAGGGCGGAACGAUCCUCCUAAACCAACUGGUGAUUUGGCCUACCGUAUCGUCUUGAAAAUCGAACAGAUCGACGACCCUGAGCUGCGUAGUUGGGUAUCAAAGCCGGCUUGCCAUUUCUGGAUUGGUCCAGGUGCACACGCAGUGGGAUAUUCUGUUCGUGACGGCAAGAUGUACAAUCUCGUGCUCCUUGUUCCCGACGAUCUCCCUUCAGGUGUCAGUCGUCAACCUGGGUCCGUUGAGGAAAUGAACGCUCUGUUCCAGGGGUGGGACCCCAUCUUAGCGCGGUUCCUAUCCCUUGUUGACACUGUCGAUAAGUGGAAGCUGAUGCAUCGAGACGAGAUGACAUCCUGGGUCAAUGACCAAUCCAACUUAGUCUUUACGGGCGAUGCCUGCCAUCCAAUGCUACCGUAUUUGGCGCAAGGUGCCAACUCGGCCGUUGAAGAUGGUGCUGUUCUGGGACUACUCCUCGGACACAUCGAAUCCAAGGACCAUGUACUACAUGUUCUGAAGACGUACCAGAGCUUACGCAAGGCUCGCGGCGAAUCCAUCGUACGCGAGACCUUCAAGCAGAGAGAAUCAUUCCACAUGUUUGAUGGACCCGAACAAGAAGCACGAGACGCAAUUUUCCUGUCACAACUUGGCAAAGAGCUACAAGGUCCCUUUCCGAGUCGUUGGACAUGUCCAGAGGUGCAGCCAUGGUUGUACGGCUAUGAUGCUUAUCAGGAAGUGGAGGAUGCCAUCAAGGAGAAUCCGCUUCCCAGCUUGUCAAACAAUCAAUAG